AUGGGACCUAUAGCACAGCGAACAGAACUGGGCUGGAUAGUCUCAGGUCGCGUGGGAAUAAAAACAUUUAAUUGUCACGUUGUGAUCAACGACCUAAGUGAGAUAUCUCAGUACUGGGAAAUAGAAGAUAUCACAAGCAGUUUAUCACCACUAUCAGAGGGAGAGCAACGUUGUGAAAACAUCUACAUGGACACAACAAAACGUUUAGAAGAUGGGAAAUAUGAAGUUGCGCUACCAAUGAAACCAGGAUUCGAGCAUGUAUAUCAUAUUGAUCAUGGUAAAUCAAAGGAACGAGCUAUAGCACAGUUUAAGCAAUUAGAGCAUAAAUUAACAAAGAAUACAUCAUUUUUCGUCGGAUAUAAAGGAUUCAUGGAGGAGUAUAAAGAUCUAGGCCAUAUGCGUAAAACCAAUAGCACUGAACAACCCUUAUUCUACAUGCCGCAUCAUGGUGUAACUAAAUUAGACUCCACUACCACAAACUUCGAGUUGUGUUUAAUGCCUCUUCUAAAACAUCAUCUGGUUAUAGCUUAA